CUUAAAAAGAGCUAACUUCAUAGUUCAUAAUAUGUAAACAAUAAAAUCGUAAAUGUUUAGCUUUGAGUUUUAAAUUGCGGAUAUGUAUCUAAAAUGUUAAGUGUUGCUAAUAACAGAUAAAAUAAGGUAUCUUAAAAUAAAAUAAAAAAUACUGGUUAAAUGCUUUGAAUUACCUGGUUAUUACAUUUAUGAAAAAGAUGCCCGUGGAAUUAAAUAGCCUAACAGAAGGGUGGUUAGAACUGGAGAGUGAUCCAGGCUUGUUUACUUUACUAUUAGAAGAUUUUGGAGUCAAAGGAGUUCAAGUAGAAGAGAUAUACGAUUUACAUAAGCCGCUGGAGAGUCCAGUUUACGGGUUUAUCUUUCUGUUCCGUUGGAUAGAAGAGAGACGAUCUCGCCGCAAGUUUGUUGAGCAAAUUGAGAGCUUUGUACGAGAUGAAGAAACUAUCAAUAACAUCUUCUUUGCUCAGCAAAUGGUUCCAAACAGUUGCGCCACACAUGCACUUUUAUCCAUAUUGCUAAAUUGUCCUAAUCUUCAUUUAGGGGAAACACUUAGCAGGUUAAAGCAUCACACACUUGGUAUGAAUCCAGAAAAUAAAGGGUGGGCGAUUGGGAAUACACCAGAAUUGGCUUGUGCUCACAAUUCACAUGCUAUACCACAAGCUCGCAAAAAGACAGAAAAAAAUGCUGGUGUUUCCACAGGCCGCUUUACUGGUGAAGCAUACCAUUUUGUAAGUUUUGUGCCAAUCAAUGGGUCACUAUUUGAGUUAGAUGGAUUAAAGCCAUAUCCCACUGACCAUGGUCCUUGGGCCUCAGAUGAUGAUUGGACAGAAAAGUUUAGAAGGAUGAUAUCUGAAAGAUUGGGAAGAGAUGCUGGGGAACAGAUGCAUGACAUCAGAUUUAAUCUCAUGGCUGUUGUACCAGACAGAAGAAUUGAAAUUACACAAAGGUUAAGUGCUUUAGAAGUAAACCAGAAAAGAGUUAAAGAGGCAAUAUCAAAGAUUGGCAAACAUUUGAGACAUUUAAUUAAUAAGAACAGAGAGUUUCGCGAAGAUACAAUCUCCCAAAGCAAUCACAACGAAGCAGAUAUUGACAACUGUAUACAAAUAUCGGAAGACGCAAUCCUCAACGCUCUAGAUGCCUCGGAAGUGUCAUCACUGGACAUUGAUUUUACACAGGCCAUCACAAUAGAGAUUGGUGCCACAGACAGAGCACAAUAUGACGAUAGCCUUACUCUAGUUGAUCCUGUCGAAUCAUCUGCAGUUGUAAGAUUCGUAUGUAUAAAUGGAGAGAACGAAAUAUUAUCUGAUAUAUAUCCCACUUCCACCACCGCACUAGUGAAGAGUAACAAUUUACCGAUCGUGCUCUGCUGUGAGCUGGCGCCCGAACAACCGUACCGCAUGAGGAAGCUCCUGUUUACACACUCGGAGCUGAACUCGCUCAUGAGUGCCAUCGUCAACGAAGUGCAGUCAUGCCAGCAGGCACUCAACGACGAAAAUGAUAAAAGGAAUAUGUACAAGGUGGACGACUGUCGUCGCACUCACAACUACGACGAGUUCAUAUGCACGUUUUUGUCGAUGUUGACGGAACGCGGCGUACUCGCGGAACUCGUGGCCGCGCAGCUAGAGCGGGGACGAUCAUCGCGAGCGCGUCGCCGCCGUCCCCGCCCAAGGCCUCGCGCACGCCCCAGACCCCGACCCCGAGCGAGGAAGUAAAAUAAACUUUUUUUUUAAGUAAAACUUCUACACGCACGCUUGACUUGGGGACUAAGCUAUUGACUGCAUGACAAAAGCGCUGAGAAAGUGUGAUCGGACGACGCGAACUAAAGAUGACAGGAAGUUAUCAGUUAAUGAAGAUAGAAAGAGAUAAAGUUACGUUUCGCAUAUCUAAGACAGUGCAGGUUAAUUGUCUGUAUCAUAGAAGAAAAGAGAGAAAAUUUAUAUAUAUAUAUAUGAA